AUGGAGGGCAUAUGUCGAUCACUGGGGUUCAUUCCCAUCUCACGUCUUCUCUGUCGGUCUCGCGGCCCUUGGAGAACGCUCCGGGUAGCUUACGCUCUGCCGAAACAGCAUGCCCGUCUUAAUUCUACGGUCGCUGCUGCUCCGACCUCACAUGGCGAUGCUCUAGUUCUCCGCGACUACCAGGAAGAAUGCAUACAGUCGGUCCUCGACCACGUCGACCAGGGCCACAGGCGACUGGGGGUCUCUCUUGCAACAGGCUCCGGCAAAACUGUGAUCUUUACUCAAUUAAUUGGACGUAUUCCGCCGCGUGACGAGAAGAGAGACCAGACCUUGAUUGUUGUCCAUCGACGUGAACUUGUCGACCAAGCGUCCCGGCACUGUCAGCUCGCCUACGGCUCAAACAAAACAAUCGAGGUCGAAAUGGGAAAAGAACAAGCUACGGGUUAUGCAGACAUCACCGUCGCCUCUGUUCGCAGUCUGGCAUCGGGUGAGCGGAUCCAUAAGUUUGACCCUAGCAGAUUCAAACUUAUUCUAGUCGAUGAGGCACACCAUAUUGUUGCGCCGUCCUACCGUACUGUACUCAAUCAUUUCGGACUCAGCGAGGCGUCCUCCGACUCCCCCGUGCUUGUCGGUGUGUCGGCGACGCUCUCGCGGUAUGACGGAUUAAGAUUAGGCAGUGCGAUUGACCACAUUGUAUAUCACAAGGAUUACAUGGAGAUGAUCGAUGACAAGUGGCUCGCGAAUGCGGUGUUCACCACAGUUCAGUCGCAUGCGAACUUGGCCCGCGUGAAGAAGGACAAGUUCGGUGACUUCGCCAUCGGUGCUCUUUCCGAGGCUGUGAACACUAAGACCACCAACGACAUUACCGUGCGCGCAUGGUUUGCCAACGCGCAGGAUCGCAAGUCUACCUUGGUGUUCUGUGUCGAUGUCAAACACACCAUGCGCCUCACCGAGGCGUUCCGCGCAGCCGGUGUCGAUGCGCGGUACAUCACGGGACGCACUGAUAAGAAGUUGCGUGAUGAACAGCUGGACAGCUUCAAGAAUCGAGAAUUCCCGGUCCUUCUGAACUGUGGUCUAUUCACUGAAGGCACGGACAUUCCUAACAUCGACUGUGUCUUGCUCGCCCGGCCCACGCGGUCUCGCAACCUCCUCAUCCAGAUGAUCGGCCGAGGACUACGGCUCUACCCCGGCAAGAAGGACUGUCACAUUAUCGAUAUGGUGGCCACCCUGGACACGGGUGUUAUAUGCACCCCGACCCUAUUCGGUCUGGACCCCGAUGAAGUGCUCAACAAGGAAAGCUCCAAGGACAUAAAAGAUCGCAAGAACUCUGAAGCUGUCGAGGCACCUGCCGAGCCGGAGAGCUCAGAACCCGAUUCGGAAGACCAGAUCAACCUCACCUUCACCAAAUACGACACCAUCUACGACCUCAUCCAUGACAUGAAAUCCGAGCGCCACAUCCGCUCGAUCAGUCGCUACGCCUGGGUCCGCGUCGGCGAAGACCGUUACCUCCUCUCCGACUCCAACGGCUGGCUCACCAUCGAGAAGGACCGUACCAGCAUCAACGACCCGCCCUGGAACAUAUUUCACGUCUUCAAAUUCACUUCCGUUGAUACCAACAAGACACAGUAUACGUAUCCGCGACUCAUCGGCAACGCACAGGAAUUCGAGUCCGCCGUCCACGCGGCCGAUACCUUUGCGGCGUCUAAGUUCACGGAGCGCUACAUCUCCACAAGUCAGCCCUGGCGACAGCGACCGGCUACUCCGACGCAGAUCGAUUUUCUGAACCAGCGCGACAUCCGGCAGGAGAAGUUCAGCACGGCAGACAACAUCACCAGAGGCCAAGCGACGGAUCUAAUCACGAAGCUGAGACACGGCGGGAAAAAGCGAUUCCAGUCGGCGAGGAAGAAGCGACAGAAGGAGGCGGACAAGAAAGCUCAAAUCGACAAGUUGUUGGACCGAGCGACCGUUUGUGUUGGACCGGUUACUGGAUGA